AUGGGCUCUCUUGGCGAGCAGGCCGUUGCUCCUCAUAUCAUUGAUAUCAGAUCUGAUGCUGCAGGCAUUGAGCUUAAGCAAGAGAUCUUGUCCGGAUUGAAGCCCGAAGAUGGAGGAGAGAAGACUCUGCCGACGCUCUUGCUCUACGACGACGAGGGGCUGAGACUUUUCGAAGAGAUCACGUACCUGGACGAGUACUACCUGACCGAAGAAGAGAUCGCCAUUCUGACGAAGUAUGCCGACCGCAUCGCGGAGCGGAUUCCGGAAGGGUCCAACGUGGUCGAGCUUGGGAGUGGGAACCUUCGAAAGAUCAAGAUCUUAUUAGAUGCCUUGGAAAAGGCUGGAAAGCAAGUCCAUUACUACGCCUUGGAUUUGAUGUACGAUGAACUGGUCCGGACGUUGCAACUCGUUCCAGAAGGGACGUACAAGCAUAUCCGAUGCGCUGGUCUGUGGGGUACGUACGACGAUGGCCUUGCGUGGUUGAAGCAGCCGAAAAACGCUGCCAAACCGAAGGCUAUCCUGUCGAUGGGAUCCAGCAUCGGCAACUUCCCACCAAGCGAAGCAGUCGAGUUCCUGGCCCAGUUCGCAGCGGAGCUGAAACCGCAAGAUUUGAUGCUGGUCGCUCUGGACGGCUGUCAAGAUCCGGACCGGGUAUACCGUGCUUACAACGACCGCGGCGACGUGACGCACAACUUCACUUCGAACGGACUUAAACACGCGAACAGGCUGUUGGAUUACGAAGCAUUCCGAACAGACGAUUGGGAAGCGACCGGCGAGUUCGACUCAGCUGGAAGCCGGCAUCGUGCCUUUGUGACUCCCAAAAAGGACGUUACUAUCGAAGGAACAUUGAUUAAGAAAGGAGAGAAGGUUCGCAUCGAAGAGAGCUACAAGUGGCCAUUUCGCGAAGCCGAGAAUCUGUGGCGGCAGGUCAGCGCGAGCGCCAAGGUCGGAGCGAAUCGAUCUCGCAUCAUAGAAGGCACGUCGUUCGCUAACGACGAAGGAACUUACUAUCUACAUCUCCUACAACGACCGGAGAUGAUCAGCUCGUCGAAGCCGGAGCAGUACGCUGCCCAUCCAGUGCCAAGUCUGGCGGAAUGGCAUGAACUAUGGAAUACCUGGGACAAUGUCACCAGGAAGAUGAUCCCGGAUGAGAAGCUCUACGAUAAGCCGAUCAAGCUGCGGAAUGCCUGUAUCUUCUACCUUGGCCACAUCCCGACUUUCUUCGAUAUGAAACUCACCGAGGCGACCAAGACGCCGCCAACAGAGCCGAAGUACUUCUACAAGAUCUUCGAGCGCGGUAUCGAUCCGGAUGUCGAGAACCCAGAGAAGGUGCAUGCGCACAGCGAGGUGCCGGAUGAGUGGCCGCCGUUGGAUGAGAUUCUGCGUUUCCAACAGGGUGUCCGCGAUCGGGUGACGAAAUUCUACAAGUCUGGACAGGCUUACGAUGAUCUCUGGACCGGCCGUACGUUGUGGCUGGCUUUUGAACAUGAGAUCAUGCACAUGGAGACAUUGCUGUACAUGUUGAUCCAGAGCGACAAGACGCUGCCGCCUCCUGGAACGAUGAAGCCGGACUUUGAGCAGUUGGCCGCUCAGGCCAAGAGGGAUGCCGUUGAGAACCAGUGGAUCGAUGUCCCGGAGCAGAAGGUCACCAUCGGCCUCAACGACCCAGACAACGGGGAUGGACCGGUCAGGUAUUUUGGUUGGGAUGUGGAAACGCCUCCUUACACCAGGAACGUGAAGGCUUUCAAGUCGAAGGCCAGACCGAUUACUAAUGGAGAGUAUGCGCAGUACCUUGCUGCUACGGAGAAGCACCAGCUGCCGGCUUCUUGGAUGGAGAUGCCGAAGACCAAUGGGACGAAUGGUGUCAACGGUGUCAACGGUCACACCAAUGGCGAUGCUGGACUGCACCACUUCUUGGAAGACAAAGCUGUCCGCACCAUCUAUGGUCCUGUGCCGCUGAAAUAUGCCCUGGACUGGCCGAUCGCGGCCUCUUAUGAUGAGCUGAAUGGCUGCGCCAAGUACAUGGGCGGCCGCAUCCCGACGCUCGAGGAGGUCCGAAGCAUCUAUCUCUACUCGGAUGCCUUGAAGAAGAAGGAAGCUGCAAAUGCCCUGCCCAAGAUGAUCCCGGCAGUUAACAGCCACCUUGUCAACGAGGGCGUGCAGGAGACCCCGCCACCCCACCCUUCCAUCAACGGCGCGUCCAGCGCCAAAGCUGGACCCAACCCGAGAGAGUUGUUCGCUGAUCUCACGGAUGCCAACGUGGGCUUCAAACACUGGCACCCGAUGCCUGUAACGCAGAACGGCGGAAAGCUUGCAGGGUUGAGCGAGAUGGGAGGGCUGUGGGAGUGGACUGCUUCGGAGCUGGUGAGGGUGGAUGGGUUCGAGCCGAUGAAGUUGUAUCCUGCUUAUAGCGAGGACUUCUACGAUGGCAAGCACAACGUCGUGCUUGGUGGAUCUUGGGCUACCCACCCGAGAGUUGCUGGACGGAAGACUUUUGUCAACUGGUACCAACGCAACUACCCGUUCGUCUGGGCGGGAGCCCGCAUGGUCAAGGACGCCUAA